AAGCGCGUCGUCGCCUUCCUGCACCCGCACUGCGCCGCCGGCGGCGGCGGCGAGCGCGUGCUCUGGGUGGGCCUCGUCGCCCUGCGCGAGGCCACGGACGCGCGCAUCGUCGUCUACACGGGCGACGUCGGCGUCGGCGCGGCGGCCAUGCGCGCCAGGGCCGCGGACCGAUUCGGUGUCACAGUCCCCGCGGACGUCGAGUUCGUGUACGUGCGAAGCCGGCGCCUGAGCGAGCCGGGCCUCUACCCCGUCGCGACGAUGAUCGGCCAGUCCCUGGGGUCCAUGGUCCUCGCCGCCGAGGCCGUGCUCCGGCUGCCGCCGGACGUCUUCGUCGACACGACGGGCUACGGCUUCUCGUUCCCCGUCGCCAAGCUCCUCGCCGGCGCGGCGACGGCCGCGUACGUCCACUACCCGACGAUCAGCGGCGACAUGAUCGGCGCCCUCGGCACGCGGGCCUUCAACAACCGGGGCCUGGCCCUGGCGCUGCCCAAGCUCAAGGCGCUCUACUACGAGCUCUUCGCGGUCGCCUACGGCUGGUGCGGCCGCCGCUGCGACGCCGUCAUGGCCAACUCGUCCUGGACGAAAGGCCACAUCGAAAAGAUCUGGCGACGCGACGACGUCGCGUUGGCCUACCCGCCCUGCGACACGUCCGUCCUCGAGAAAAUCGCGAAGGGCCGGCCCGGCGAUUCCGGGGGGCCCGUCGUCGUCGCGUCGCUCGCGCAGUUCCGGCCGGAGAAGGACCACGCCCUCCAGCUCGAGGCCUGGGCCCUGCUGCCCGAAGCGACGCGCCGGCGCGCGCGGCUCGUCGUCGCCGGCGCCGCGCGGCACGCGGACGACCGCGCGCUGUUGGACGGGCUCCGGCGCCGCGCGCGCGACCUCGGAAUCUCCGACUCCGUCGAGUUCAAGGUGUCGGCGCCCCGGUCCGAGAUCCUGGACCUGCUCCGCGGCGCCCACGUGGGGCUCCACACCAUGCGCCUCGAGCACUUCGGCAUCGCCGUCGUCGAGUUCAUGGCCGCGGGCCUCGUGCCCCUCGCCCACGCGUCCGGCGGGCCCCUCCUCGACAUCGUCGGCGCCGACGGCGACCGCGGCCUCGUCGCCACGGACGCGCCGGACUACGCGGCGAAGCUCGCGGCGCUCGUCGACGGGCCCCGGGAGACGCGGGACGCCAUGGCCGCGAACGCGCGCGCGUUCGUCGCCGACCGCUUCUCCGACGCGGCCUUCUCCGCGGCCUUCGUCGCC